AUGAAAAUCAGAAUGCCACCAAUAAGUAUCCUUCAAAUUAUAGCAAUCAUAGCUUUAAUCUUAUUCUAAAACGUUGCUAGCAUCAACAUUAGAUCAAUGGAAUAGCAGACUGCAUUAAGUGAUUAUAAGGUAUUGCUUUACACUAACUUCCUUAAAAUUACAACAUGCUAAGACGCUUGUAAGGAAAAAUCAAAUUAGAAUGGCAUUUGCAGAAAAUUCACAGUGAAAGCUGGAGGUAAGGAUGCUGAAAGAUUCAUUUGCGUAUAAAAUAAAUGA